UUUAUCAAAACACAAAAACCCGACACACAUGUUCCCUCUCUCUCUCUCUCUCUCUCUCUCUCUAUGGUUCUGUUCUGAUUGAGAGGCCAGUUUGAAUCCAAGUCCUGUUUAUACAAGGGUUUUCUUUUUUCUUUUGGGGAAUUGAACCAAUUUCACAGGUUCUCUCUUCCCUUUUUUAUCUGUAAUAAAGUCAGGUGAUGGCGGAGAUAAAAAUAAUAGCUAUUUGUCAGUUGGGUGGUGAAUUUGAGACGGAUAAGGAUGGUACUUUGUCUUAUACAGGUGGUGAUGCUCAUGCUAUAGACAUUGAUGACAAAAUCAAAUUCGAUGAUUUCAAGUUGGAGGUGGCUGAGAUGUUUAGUUGCAAUGUCGAUACCAUGUCUCUCAAAUACUUUCUCCCGGGCAAUAAGAAGACUCUCAUUACUAUCUCUAAUGACAAGGACUUAAACCGGAUGAUAAAAUUCCAUGGGGAUUCUUUCACUGUAGAUAUUUAUGUGAUUUUGGAAGAUAAUUUUCUGCCUGGUGUCUCAAAUUUGCCUGCGAGUAGAUCAAGCAGAACAACUCUGUCUGAAGAAGAGCCUCCUAUUGAUGCACCUCUUGCCGUUCUGGAGGAUAUCACCCAGCCCGAUAACUCACUUUCUGCACCUCUUGAUCUUGAUGUUGUAGACGAUACCAAUAAUGUUGAUGUUCACAUUGAAGAUCCGCAGAUUGAUCCACUUGAGAUUUCACCCAUUCUUCCUCUUCUUGCUUCCAAUGAUGAGAAACAUGCUAAGGGUGCACAGCAAUGGCAGAAUACUAUUACUGGAGUGGGUCAAAGAUUUAGAAGUGUUCAUGAAUUUCGAGAGUCAUUGCGUAAAUAUGCCAUUGCACACCAGUUUGCAUUUAGAUAUAAGAAGAAUGAUAGCCAUCGAGUAACUGUUAAAUGCAAAGCUGAAGGUUGUCCUUGGAGAAUUCAUGCAUCAAGGUUGUCAACCACCCAACUAAUUUGCAUAAAGAAGAUGAAUCCAACUCAUACAUGUGAAGGGUCGGUGGUGACAACAGGACAUCAGGCAACUCGAAGCUGGGUGGCUAGUAUUAUUAAGGAAAAGUUGAAAGUUUUCCCAAAUUACAAGCCCAAGGAUAUUGUCAAUGACAUAAAACAAGAAUAUGGAAUCCAACUAAACUACUUCCAGGCAUGGCGUGGGAAAGAAAUUGCGAAGGAGCAGCUUCAGGGUUCAUACAAAGAGGCAUAUAAUCAGUUACCAUUUUUCUGUGACAAGCUAAUGGAAACAAAUCCAGGUAGUCUGGCAACAUUCACCACUAAGGAUGACUCAAGUUUUGAGGGCCUAUUUGUCUCAUUCCAUGCCUCAUUGUAUGGUUUUGUUCAAGGUUGCAGGCCUCUUCUUUUUCUUGAUAGCUUACCUUUAAAUUCAAAGUAUCAAGGUACACUGUUAGCAGCAACAGCUGCAGAUGGUAAUGAUAGCGUGUUUCCUGUUGCUUUUGCGGUAGUAGAUGCAGAAAGUAAUGAUAAUUGGCACUGGUUUUUACUUCAAUUGAAAACUGCACUGUCAACUUCUUGUCCAAUAACAUUCGUAGCAGACAAACAGAAGGGCUUAAAGGAAUCAAUUGCUGAGAUAUUCAAGGGUUCAUACCAUAGCUAUUGCCUACGAUAUUUGUCUGAGCAACUUAUUCAAGACUUGAAGGGGCAGUUUUCUCAUGAGGUUAAGCGACUAAUGAUUGAAGACUUAAAUGCUGCCGCCUAUGCAUAUAGGCCUGAAAUCUUCCAGAGGUGCAUAGAGAGCAUUAAAAGUAUUUCUCCAGAAGCAUAUAAUUGGAUUCUCCAGAGUGAGCCGCAAAAUUGGGCGAACUCGUUUUUUCAGGGUGCAAGAUACAAUUACAUGACAUCUAACUUGGGAGAGAUGUUCUACAGUUGGGUUUCAGAUGCACAUGAGUUACCAAUAACACAGAUGGUUGAUGUAAUACGGGGUAAGAUUAUGGAGUUGAUUUAUACAAGGAGAGCAGAUUCCAACCAGUGGCUGACAAGAUUAACUCCAUCCUCAGAGGAAAAGCUAGAGAAGGAAACCUUGAAAGUACAUUCCCUUCAGGUGCUAUUGUCAGCUGGUAGUACAUUUGAGGUUCGUGGUGAAUCUGUAGAAGUGGUUGAUAUCGACCGCUGGGAUUGUAGUUGCAAAGAGUGGCAGCUUACUGGUUUUCCUUGUUGCCAUGCUCUUGCUGUCAUUGGUUGUAUUGGCAGGUGUCCGUAUGACUAUUGUUCAAGAUAUUUCACAACCGAAAGUUACCGAUUGACGUAUUUCGAGUCUGUUCACCCUGUAACCAAUGUGGACAUGCCUGUUGAGAAAGACUCUUCUCAGGUUGUAGUAAUUGUAACCCCUCCUCCGACCCGGCGUCCUCCAGGCCGGCCUACCACAAAGAAAUAUGGGCAAAAGGAUGUUGUCAAACGUCAGCUCCAGUGCAGUAGAUGCAAGGGUCUUGGGCACAACAAGUCCACUUGCAAAGAGCUUUUGUAGAGUGUUAGAAGAGCUUUUGUAAAGUUUUAGGUGUUCAAGUAUUAGCUUCUGUCAUGCAAUGCAGGUUACCUCUUUCAUGAUAGGUAACAUCAAUUUUUUACUUGCUUCACGUUUUCUAACCAUACCCAAGACUUUUUAACCUGUAUGCCUAUUUUCAAAGGCCGUACACUUAGAAAUUAGUCAGUGUUUCUUGGCA